AAGUAGUUUUACGUUUUUGAAGUUCGUCACAUUACUCUAUUAACCUCAUUGCAGUUUUGAUGUUAAUUAAAUUCUAAUGAAAUACUUUAAAAUCAAUAAGAACUGAUUUAUAUGUUUCUGUGUUUUGUUUAUAAAAUGAAACUAGAAAGAAUUAAUAAUCGCGAAAUGGAAAUCUCCGUUGAAAAGGGUUCUCGAUCAUUACAAUACGCCAGUUCUCUGAGUGUUGCUCUUAUAGUCAUGGAAUGUGGAAUAAGUUUAGCUUGGACUUCACCAACAUUGCUACACUUGAAGAAAAAAGAUUCGGGAGUGUACAUAACAGAAAUUACAGGAGCCCUACUAGUGUCUAUAUAUUUUCUUGGAUGUUUAACUGGUUGCUCCUUCAAUCCUAUUAUAAUGGAAAAGUUCGGACGGAAAAAAAGUUUCCUUCUUUACUCUAUACCUGUAAUAAUUGGGUGGAUUAUGAUUACCGCAGCAAAUAAUUAUUUUGUUCUCUGCAUUGGAAGACUUAUAGUUGGAAUAGGUGAUGGGGGUUUAUUAGAAUUUAUUUCAAUUUAUCUCGGGGAAAUAACAGAUAAAGAUAUUCGCGGUAAGCUUUCAAUAAUGACAAAGUCAUCAAUGUUAGUUGGAGUUUUCUUCGUAAAUGCUAUGGGAACAUUCUUUACAUAUAGGACCUCAAAUCUAAUUUCGGUUGGUAUAUCUGUAUUAUUCUUUAUAACAUUUUUCUUCAUGCCGGAAUCUCCUUAUAUACAUUUGAUGAGGGGUCAGGAAAAAGAUGCAGUAAUGUGUUUAAUGAAAUUAAAAGGAUUCAAACAACCUGAAUCGGUCCAAUUAGAUCUUACUAUAAUGAAAAAAGCUGUUGUAGAGAAAGAAAAAUGCCAAAGCAAUUCUUUGCGUGAACUCAUUUGUAAUAAAAGUAAUCGCAAAAGACUAUUAAUUUUGUUGGUCGCUAAAGUGACAAGAAACCUUUCAGGCUCAGUUGCUAUUUUAUCAUAUUUACAUGAAAUUACAUUGCAAUCCGGAAAUUCUAACAGCGUUGUUCUUUAUAUAUGUUUAGUUAAAAUAAUUUCUAGUAUUGUAAGUUCGCAAAUAAUAGAUAAGGUUGGUAGAAUGUUAAUUUUUCUAGCAUGUGGAAUCAUAUGUACUUUUGCUCUUACAACGUUAGGUACUUUUUUCUUUUUAAAAUUAUUUCUAAAUUAUAGUACAUUAAAUAUAGCCUGGAUUCCAAUACUUUCCUUAAUUGCUUAUGAAAUUGGAUAUUACAUGGGAAUUAGUCCCGUUGGAUAUGUCUUACAAGGAGAACUAUUUCCAUUAAAAGUGAAAGGAAUGGCUGUUGCUAUUGUGUCUGUGAUAGAACAGUUUUUAAGUUUUGGAAUUGGAUUAGUUUUUCCGAUUGUAAACUAUUUUUUUGGAAUAUAUGUAAGCUUUUGGUUUUUUGCACUAUGUUGUAUUACUGGUACAUUAUUUGUUUUUAUUAUUACUCCAGAAACUCAUAGUAAAACUUUGGAAGAAGUAGAAGCGCUUAUUAUCCCAGCAUCAAAGAAAGCUGUAUUUAAACCAUUAAUAACAAAUUAGACUUAAUUAUGGGGAUCAGCUUGUUUGAACAUUUAAAAAAACCCAUUUUUAAUUCUUAUUGAUGAUUCAUUCGUACCUACUCAAAACUUUAAACACAUUUUACUCGAAAUAACAACACUUCCGUAAAGGUAUAUAUUGUAUUACAAUAUAAUUUGUAAUAUCAGUUUAUAACACCAUAUACAUCAAAAACAUGUAAAUUUGAUUUAAAAAAUUUUUUUGAGCAAAUAAAAAUUCACACUGAAGAAGGCCGUCAUUGCGGCUGAAACGUAUGCAUUUAAAAAAAUUAUAUAGAGUAGGAUGGGGUGAAAAGGACACUUUUUUACUUUUCAAAUGUAAAAUCAAAAUUUUAAUUGGUUCUGAAAGUUUAGUUUUUUAGCUUCAAAAUCCUGGCCGAACAAUCUUCGUAUCCCAUGAAAAGACAAAGUUAUAUAAGUUUCACCAAAGCACUGCAAGUGGUUUUUUACACCACCUGGUGGGGUGAAAAUGACACUUUACGAUUCGGGUAAAAUAUAUUAUCAAUUUUUAUUUUUUCUUUAUUUAUAUAACAAAUAAUGUUAUUUUAAUAAAUUUUAAAGAAAAUUAAUAUUAAUUCCAAUGUAAUAAAAAUAUAAAAGAAAAAUCUUCCUUCGCUUUCAACGACUAUACAGUCGUUUAUUAUGUUUGUUUAUGUUUAUUAUAAAAUAAUUCUUUUAUUUUACAAUAAUACUUUUUUAAUAUUUAAUAUGUUAAAUUUUAUUCUAUGCACAUCGGAUAAAGUAGAAAUUAGUGCCAACGUUGUGCACUUACAUUUAUAUUAUAAUUAAUGUAUGGAAUUAAAUACAAAUUACAGGUUAAUAAUACAUUUUUUAAUUAUAUAGUCAAUGUAAUAAAUAUUUUAAAUAUGGGGCGAAAUUCCUCAACUGUUCCCACCCCAAAAUUUAAUUUCAGUCGAUUCCUCUAAAUUUCAACUUAACAUAAUUUUUAUAAAACUUAUAUAUAAUAUUCAUUGUAAGUUGUUUCUCUUUUUUCAAUUGCUACUAAAUACUAUGUAAGGAAAACUGGUGAGGGCCUUACCACUUUUCCUAACGAAUACCCUACUUUUUAAAAUUAUAUCGUAUUCAAAUUUGUAAAUCUAAAAAUAUAUUUUUAAUUCAAUAUAAUUAAUUAGUAGUACUAUUCAUUGAUUAUUUAAUUAAAUAUAUAAUCGAACUGAUCUUCGUAUUUAUCAAAGCCAAAACGAAUGUUAAAUCGUUUUAGCGAUCUCUGUAAUCACUCAAUUAAAAAUCUAAACGGGUUAUAUCUUCGGAAAUGUGAAUUGAUUGAGUGCAUUUGUGUAAGAUUGGGUGUGACAUGAGAUGUUUUAUUCUUUGUUUUUUAGAAAAAUUGUCAAGAAUUUAUAAUUAAAAAUUCAAAUUUUAUAAAUAUUUUAAAAAAAAUUUUAUAAUGUUGCUGUUAAUGAAAAAUAAUAAUACAAUGUAAUGAAUAUAAACAUGAAACAUCAAUUCAAAAAACAAGAUUUAUUGAUUCGUUAUAUCAAAAAAAGGUAUAUCAAAUUUAAAUUAUUAUUGUUAAAUAAUAAUUAAAUUCUUAAAUCAUAACAAGUCUUAUUUGUAACAAAGUCAUU